GACCAAUUCUUCUCGGCGAAAGUUAAAUAAAACAUGGCUGAAAUGGAGGACACUUUCAAUUACGUCUACAGCUCGUCCUUGGACGUUCGAGUGCAAAUCAAAAUCGGAUCUCUGGAGGGGAAGAGGCAGAAGUACGAGUACGAGAAACUGCUGGAGGACCCGAUGCUCAAGUUUUCCGGACUGUACCAGGAGAACAACAACCAACUCGCAGACCUGCUGGUCGAGUGCGAGGUUUUCUCCAACGGCAAGUCUUUGGCCCUUCCCGUGCACACCUGCUACAAGUCCUUCACCAACAGAUGGAACUGGAACGAAUGGGUGACCCUGCCGCUGAGUUACUGCGACCUGCCCAGAAACGCUUUUUUGGCCAUCACGAUCUACGACUGUGCGGGCCCUCGACGGCGAAUCCCGGUUGGAGGCACCACCGUGUCCUUAUUCGGCAAACACGGCGUCUUCAGACAGGGAAUAAUUGAUUUGCAAGUUUGGCCGGACCAAGUUGCUGACGGAUCUGCAAGCAGCACCACUCCGGGGAAAGGAGGCUUCGGAAGGGCAAAAGUUCAAAAACUUUGCAAGCUUGCGAAGAAGCAUCGAAAUGGCCACAUUGCCAAAGUAGACUGGCUGGACCGUCUUGCCUUCAGAGAAAUGGAAAUGAUCAACGAACAGGAGAAAAGAAACUCCGAGUUUCUCUAUUUGAUGGUUGAAUUUCCCUCUUUUGAAAUUGAAGGUUCCAAUUAUUCUGUUGUUUACUACGAGAAGGAUGGAGAUGAAAUUUACCAGUUUCGCGUCCAGGCAGACAUAGUCACAGUUCCCGACAAUGAAAUUCUACAGGAAAACUUGGUGGAAAUUAAACAUCACAAACUGGCCCGAUCCGUCCGAAGUGGUUUGUCAGACAAGGACGUGAAGCCGAAUGCCCUAGUCCGAGACCAGCUCCACACAAUUGUGGCCUACCCGCCGACCAAAACCCUGACUGCAGAGGAGCAGGACUUGGUGUGGAAGUUCCGAUUCUACCUCAGCAGUCAGGAGAAGGCUCUGACGAAAUUCCUCAAGUGCGUCAAUUGGAACACACCGGCCGAAGCAAAGCAGGCGUUGGACCUGCUGCCCUUGUGGGCGCCGAUGGAUGUCGAAGAUGCCCUUGAACUUCUCAGUCCGAACUUCACUCAUCCUGCAGUUCGGCGUUACGCUGUUUCCAGAUUGGCCCAAGCGCCUGAUGAAGAUUUGCUCUUGUACCUUCUGCAGCUGGUCCAAGCCCUGAAGUAUGAGAACUUUGAAGACAUCCAGGCCUUCUCCCAAGAGCCGGCAACAGAAGCGGGAAAUGAAAAGAGGAAAGUCAGCGUCGAUGAGAGCGAAUCAACUUCAAAGCAAACAAAGGAAUUGAGAAGGUCGUCAAGUUCGAAUGUGUCCAACGAGUCGGCAGCCUCAGGUUCUGGCGCCUCAGUUGCAAGGACUGCUUCCCUGAUGGACAGCAUGACCUUGGCCGAGGCACCGGUCGAACCGAUAAAACCGCUAGAACUCGACAUGGACCUCAGCACCUUCCUCAUCCACAGAGCUUGCCUCAACUCUACCCUGACAAAUUACUUCUUUUGGUAUUUGUGGACGGAGUGCGAAGACGAGGAAACAACUAUCAAGUUGGAAACGAGGAUUAGAAACAUGUACAUGGCUGUGAUGGGCAGAUUUUUAAUUACUUUGCAAAAAGGGCCUCCCGAGUAUCAAAAGAGACGAGCCUUUCUCAAGAGACAACAGGCAUUUAUGGACAAACUGGUCAGCCUGAUGAAAAGUAUUGCCAGGGAAAGCGGAAACAGAAAGAAAAAGAUUGAUCGGCUUCAAGCACUCUUGGCAAACCCGGAUUCGUUCAAGUACAACUUUGCCAAUUUCGAGCCUUUCCCGUUUCCGCUGGACCCUGAGGUGGAAAUCAAAGGAAUCAUCCCUGGAAAAACAACCUUGUUCAAGUCGGCGCUGAUGCCGUCCAGGCUCACCUUCCUCAGCACCACAGGCCAAGAGUACGUAGCCAUCUUCAAACACGGCGACGACCUUCGGCAGGACCAACUCAUCCUGCAGAUAAUCACCCUGAUGGACAAACUCCUCCGCAGGGAAAACCUUGAUCUCAAACUCACCCCGUACAGAGUUCUCGCAACCAGCAGUAAACACGGUUUGGUGCAGUUUGUGGAGUCUUUGCCAGUCGCUGAAGUUCUUGCCACGGAAGGAACAAUCCAAAACUUUUUCCGCAAACACAAUCCAUCGGAAAACGGACCUUACGGAAUUGCUUCCGAGGUUAUGGACACUUACGUCAGGAGUUGUGCCGGUUAUUGUGUGAUAACUUACCUCUUGGGAGUUGGCGACAGACAUCUGGACAAUCUCUUGCUGACCACCACUGGCAAACUAUUCCACAUUGACUUUGGAUACAUCUUGGGCAGAGAUCCAAAACCGCUGCCGCCGCCCAUGAAGUUGAGCAAAGAAAUGGUGGAGGCGAUGGGAGGAAUCAACUCUGAGCACUACCAGGAGUUCCGAAAACAAUGCUACACUGCCUUCCUUCAUUUGAGGAGACAUGCAAACUUGAUUCUGAACUUGUUCUCCUUGAUGGUGGACGCUUCGGUGCCGGACAUUGCUCUCGAGCCGGACAAAGCGGUGCAGAAAGUCCAGGACAAGUUAAGGCUCGAUUUGGGUGACGAGGAAGCAGUGAGUUGUGUGCAGAACUUGUUGGAUUUGUCAGUCACGGCCGUGAUGGCAGCUCUGGUCGAACAGCUGCACAAGUUUGCCCAGUAUUGGAGAAAGUGAAAUGUGAUAUUUUUUGUUUGUCAAAUUAACCAAAGCAAAAAUUAAAUUCCUAAUCGUAGAUUGACAAUUUUUAAUACUGUAAAUUCAUGAGUAUUUUUUAUCAACAUACAAAUCCUAAAAUUAAUUAUAGAGGACAUU